CUGGUGUAAAGGCAGAGGGUGACUUCAGAGCAACGGCAGAAGUACAGACUAGUACAGACUAAUGCCAGCAUUAGACAUGACCGCCGCAGAUCGAUUCCCGGCUUCUGACGUCAUCUUGGGGUGACGUUCUUGCUGGGUGCACCUGAGGAGGGCGGAGAAGCUCUGACAGGAGCUGGGGGAGCUGUCAGCGCGGCCCGAGCUGAGGAUCGCGGCGAGUUAGGAGGAUGAGUAACAGCCACCCCCUGCGCCCUUACAUCGCUGUCGGAGAAAUUGACCACGUGCACAUCUUGUCGGAGAACGUGGGCGCUCUGAUAAACGGGGAGCAGUACAGCGAUGUCACCUUCAUCGUGGAAAAGAAAAGGUUUCCCGCUCACAGAGUCAUCCUGGCUGCCAGAUGCCAGUAUUUCAGGGCGCUGCUGUACGGAGGGAUGAGGGAGUCCCAGCCCGAGGCGGAGAUCGUUCUGCAGGACACGACGGUCGAGGCGUUCUCCAUGCUGAUAAAGUACAUCUACACGGGGCGAGCCACCCUGCGCGACGAGCGGGAAGAGGUGCUCCUGGACUUCCUCAGCCUGGCUCACAAAUACGGCUUCCCCGAGCUGGAGGACUCAACGUCCGAGUACCUGAGCACCGUCCUCAAGAUCCACAACGUGUGCAUGAUCUACGACGCGGCCAACCUCUACGGCCUGUCCAAACUCGCCAGCACCUGCUGCAUGUUCAUGGACCGCAACGCGCAGGAGACGCUGGCCAGCGAGGGCUUCCUCACGCUCUCCAAGGCGGCCCUGCUGGACAUCGUUCAUAGGGACUCGUUCGCCGCCCCGGAGAAGGAUAUUUUCCAGGCUCUGAUGCGUUGGUGCCGGCACAAUCCCGCGGAGAAGCACUCGGAGGUCAUGGGCACGGUGCGCCUGCCGCUGAUGAGUCUCACCGAGCUGCUCAACGUGGUGAGGCCGUCCGCCCUGCUCUCCCCGGACGCCAUACUGGACGCCAUUAAAGUGCGCUCGGAGAGCCGCGACAUGGACCUCAACUACAGGGGAAUGCUAAUUCCUGAAGAGAAUCUGGCGACGAUGAAGUUCGGGGCGCAGGUGAUAAAGGGAGAGCUGAAAUCGGCCCUGCUGGACGGCGACACGCAGAACUACGACCUGGACCACGGCUUCUCGCGGCACCCGAUCGAAGACGACUGCCGCUCCGGCCUAGAAGUGAAACUGGGCCAGCCGUCCAUCAUCAACCACGUCCGCCUCCUGCUGUGGGACCGCGACAGCCGCUCCUACUCCUAUUACAUCGAGGUCUCCAUGGACGAGCUGGACUGGAUUCGGGUCGUCGAUCACUCGCAGUUCCUGUGCCGCUCGUGGCAGAAGCUGUAUUUCCCGGCUCGUGUCUGCAGGUACAUCCGCAUCGUGGGGACGCACAACACGGUCAACAAGGUCUUCCAUCUGGUGGCGUUUGAGUGCAUGUUCACCAGCAAGCCCUUCACCCUGGAGAAAGGAUUAUUGGUCCCCGCAGAAAACGUUGCCACCGUCGGUGAAUGUGCCAGCGUGAUAGAGGGCGUCAGCCGGUGUCGGAACGCGCUGCUCAACGGCGACACGAAGAAUUACGACUGGGAUUCUGGCUACACCUGCCACCAGCUGGGCAGCGGGGCCAUCGUGGUGCAGCUCGCUCAGCCCUACGUCAUCGGCUCACUCAGGUUGCUGUUAUGGGAUUGCGACGACCGCAGCUACAGUUACUACAUCGAGGUUUCCACCGACCAGCAGCAGUGGACGACGGUCGCCGACCGGACGAAGGUCCCCUGCAGGUCAUGGCAGACGAUUACCUUCGACCGGCAGCCCGCCUGCUUUAUCAGGAUAGUGGGGACUCACAACACGGCCAACGAGGUUUUUCACUGUGUUCACUUCGAGUGUCCGGCGCAGAUUUUCUCCCACAAGGACGAAGUCAGCGAAGAAAGUGUGUCAUCCACGCAGAGCCAUGCCGCCCAGCAGGGGUUAUCCGCAGCCCCUCGUACGUCACACGCCAACUCCCAGCAUCCGCUGACUGAACAGAACCGCCGGGGGCCGCAGCAGUGACGGCAGAGACCGCGUCCCCCGUACCCUCCCUCUCGACGCGCUGGAAGUCGGCCCUCCGCCUCGUUUCUUGGAGGGAAUUGA